AUGCUACCCAUUCCGAUCCCUUCUCUUCCAGAUGUCCCUCUCUCACUCUCCGGGCCAGCUAUCGCCACGGCGCUGGCCUACCUGAACGCCAAGUACUCAAUCUUCUAUGACGUGACAUUGAUCAAGGCUCUGUUGAAGAUCGCUGUAAAAAAUAGCCUGGCACAGCGCCGCGAUCGCCUCAACUUAUUCUACGUCCUCGAGAGCCAUGCUCUCUCCCCGGCAACAAAAGACCAAACGUUCAUUGUCUACAAUGGUCGUACCUGGUCCUUCCAUGAAACAUACGAGCUUGCUCUGCGUUAUGGGAACUGGUUCAAGACAGUGCACAACGUCAAGCCCAAGGAGAUCGUUGCCGUGGACUUUAUGAAUUCAUCGACAUUCAUCUUCCUUCUGCUGGGUCUAUGGAGCAUCGGUGCCGUGCCAGCAUUCAUCAACUACAAUCUAACCGGAAAACCCUUGACACAUUCAGUCCGCACGUCGACUGCUAGGCUCCUGAUAGUCGAUGACGAAGUGCGCAACUGUUUCCCGCCGGAGCAGUUGGGGAUUUUCGCUUCCGCCGACUUCCGCGAGGACAAGGGUGCUGUGGAGGUGGUCUUCUUCACGCCGGAUGUGGAAGCUCAGGUCAUGCAGGCCGAGGCUGUCCGUGGGGACGACAAAGCGCGCAGCGGCCCAGUCUUGCGUGAUAUGGCCAUGUUGAUCUACACAAGCGGCACUACUGGACUUCCCAAACCCGCCAUUGUCAGUUGGAGGAAAUGCUGGACGGGCAGCACUUUUGUGUCCACCUGGUUGGGCUUAAAGCCGGCGGACCGCUUCUUCACAUGCAUGCCUCUCUAUCACUCUUCCGCUACCGUCCUUGGUUUCUUGUCCUGUCUGAUGAGUGCAUCGACGUUUGUCAUCGGCCAUAAAUUCUCCGCUAGGAGCUUCUGGAAAGAAGCCCGUGAGAAUAACGCCACGAUUGUCCAGUAUGUGGGUGAAACGCUACGCUACCUCCUGGCCGUGCCGCCUCAGAUCGACUCAGUCACGGGCGAAGACCUAGACAAGAAACAUAACGUCCGGGUCAUCUUCGGUAACGGCCUGCGACCCGACAUCUGGAAUCGGGUCAAGGAGCGGUUCAACGUUCCAACGAUUGCCGAGUUCUACGCCGCAACCGAGGGCACCUCCGGAUCAUGGAACCUUUCCUCCAACGACUUUACUGCAGGGGCUAUCGGUCGAAACGGCGCCCUGACCAAACUAAUCUUGGGCGGCAGUCUCGCCGUCGUCGAGGUAGACCACGAGUCUCAGGAGCCCUGGCGCGACCCGAAAACGGGCCUCUGCCGCAAAGUUCCGUACGGCCAGCCCGGCGAGUUACUCUACGCAAUCGACCCCAACGACCCUUCGGAUAAGUUCCAGGGCUACUUCAAGAACUCCAAGGCCACGGAAGGUAAAAUCAUUCGCGACGUCCUCCGCAAGGGCGACGCAUUUUUCCGCACCGGCGACAUGGUUCGCUGGGAUAUGGAAGGACGGUGGUACUUCUCCGACCGGCUCGGCGACACCUUCCGCUGGAAGUCGGAGAACGUCUCCACGAGCGAGGUGGCCGAAGUCCUGGGCACGCAUCCGGACGUGCACGAGGCCAAUGUCUACGGCGUGGCAUUGCCGAACCACGACGGCCGUGCUGGCUGCGCCGCCAUCGUCUUCCAGCAGCAGUUGCAAGCCGCCAACCCGUCCGAACUCGCUGCGCCGUCCCAGAAAGUCCUCGACAGUCUCGCAGCUCACGUCCUGAAAAACCUGCCCCGCUUUGCGGCUCCCUUGUUCCUCCGCGUCACGCCGGAGAUGCAGGCGACAGGCAACAACAAGCAGCAGAAACACGUCCUGCGCACCGAAGGCGUGGACCCUGCGCUCGUCAGCGGUAAGGAUAAGCUGUACUGGCUGCAGGGGAACACCUAUGUUCCAUUCGAGCAGAAGGACUGGAACCGGUUGCAUUCCGGACAAGUCAAGCUGUGA